UGGCAACACUGCCUUGAAUCACAUCAAUUACCUAACCUCAAAUUUGACGUUCGUAUAAAUGUAAAUAUUUUUAUUUGUCGCUAUCAGAGACGAGUUUUGCUUCGCGAGUGAACAUGUUAAUUUCCUCUAAAAAUGAAAUUGGCCGGUAGCUUUUUGUUAAUUUCAACUGCAUUGACGUUCGCUUAUUUCCUGGGGCUCGUUCAGUUUCUAACUGAAAAUGGAGAAGAUAAAUGCGAGAUGACUUAUAUGUUUGAGUACCCCCAAUUUGUGAAAAUUUCUAAUAGAAUCGACAAAGUGUACAAAAGGUAUGGAUUGUACGCUUACAGCGAAGGGAGGUUGACCCAAAAAACCAGAGAUAUGUACUUUGAUGGUAUCCCAGUCCUCUUUAUACCCGGCAAUAAGGGGUCUUUUAAACAAGUUCGUUCCCUCUCUUCGAUUGCAUUGCGAAAGUGGCUGAAUUCCAGAAUACCCUUUCAUUUCGACUACUUUACAGUGGACUUGAACGACGAGUAUUCCGGCGCAUACGGCCCGCUUUUAUACGACCAAUUAAAUUACGUAAAUUCCUCUGUAUACAGAAUCCUGGAGCUAUACAAAGACAAAAGAAACCGCCCUAAAUCGAUCGUAUUAAUCGGCCAUUCGAUCGGAGGAUCAGUAGCUUUGAAGUUGUUAUCUCAAACAACUAAUCCCGCUUUAGUGCCUAUAUUGAUAACGUUAUCUUCUCCUAUGAAACGGCCUCCUUUAUUAUUCGAUUAUCACUUUAAUCGGUUUUAUGACAAUAUUUUAAACGAGCGCCUAAACUCUACCACGCUGGUUCACGUCAACGGUGGUUACAGGGACUUGCUCAUCUUACCUUUCUUGACAAAGAAUAACCUAGAUAAUGCAGUUACUGUUGCGACCUCGCAUAUCCCAAUUUCGUGGACCGAAUGUGAUCACGUACAAAUUUUAUGGUGCAAACAAGUCGUAUUGGCAAUAAUUAGGGCUCUAUUCGAUAGCGUUGAUACGGGAACUCAUCAAAUUUCAUCUAACGAUACUCUGCGGAAAUCAGCAUUUCAGCAUCACCUUCAUCACCAUUCCGGUAUUAAAUUUAGGGAUCGAAGCAAAUAUUUGUCGCCUUCGUUACUGAACAGUAAAGGGAAAUGGAUAGAAAAUAUACAGAAACAGUACUCCGUAGAAUACCCGGUUGGGUUGAAUCAAUUAGAAUGGUACAUGGUAUCGAUAUCCGAGUUUUCCGGGUACGAAAAGCUUUCCAUUUUAGCCGUUAAUAUGGAUAUUGUCGAUUGGGUGUUUGCAUGUAACGCCUACGUUCUUAAAGGCUCCAGUAGAAUGUGCCGUGAAGCGUUCCAUUUGACACCUAAAUCUGAUAUCGCACCGUCUACUAAUUAUAAAAGAAGAUUCAUCGAAGUAAAUCUGAAGCAUUUGAAGCAGCAGAACCCCGAUUUGACUCAUGUCGUCUUCCGGGCUUUACCUACCGAUGAUUUACUAGAGUACCACGUUGAUGUGCACGGUGCAGAUCAACGAUCACUCUCCGUGCAAUUACCAUCCUGGUUCUCGUUGAGCAAUAAAGUCAUAAUGGAAAGAACUCCCGAUAAAUCGCUGUACUUCGAACUGGAAUUGAAGCAACUCGAUCACGUAAUGCAGUAUUACAAAUUAUAUUUGGAACCUUUGCGAUGUUCCAAAUCCGAGCAUCAUGCAUCCAUUACCUUAUCUAGUCCGUGGAGUCACGAAAACUAUCACGGAUUCGUUACGCACAACGCGAAGAAGCCUUUUGUAGUUAGAUUACUCAAUUCGAAACCCGGUGAAUUUCGAAACCAUUCGGCUGUGAUAAAAUUAAUCUUAGAUCCGUCCUGUACCUAUAAGAUAAGCAUACAAAGCUCGAUUUUCGGAACGUUGGGCCAAUUAGCGAGGACUUAUUCACCUUUACUGCUAGCCAAUGUCGCAGCAGUAGUUUUGAUGUCCUUAAGGUACCAGCUCAACAAUUUGAACCAGGGAUAUUGCUCAAUUAUGCUGAUAGCUUUACUAGAAGGAGCGAAACCUUUAUAUGUAUUAUUCGGUUUUAAGUUAAUUUCGCAAUUAUUUAGCUUUUUCAACAUCUAUUAUCUUCCUGCGCCAGAUAAUUUGUAUUUGAUGGACGAAGGGACAGACUUUUUCCUACUUCCUUUGUUGCUCUAUUUGUGUAGCGUUGGAUUAACAUGGAUAUUAACUGUUGCUUUCAUAGUAUCUCUAGUAGCGUUGGAGUCUACCAUGCACAAAUUGUGCUUAAGAUUACUAGCAGCUACUGUAAGCUUCAACAUGUCUUGGUCUGGCUAUAUCUUAAAUGGUCUUCACAAAUUACCGGUUAUAGUGGGCCUGACGUUAAUAUCAUUGUCUGUUGGGGUAUGCGGAGGGCUAGCAUUGUGCCUGGGUACAGUGUUUUAUUUUUUGAGAUUGACGCAAAUGUCGCAAGAUUUCGUGGAGGAAAUAGUUUGGAUUGUUGUAAAGAGAUUCGCUAAAAAAUGUAAAAGGUUCUUCAGGAAAAGGCGGGAUCCUGUUUCUGGAGAAUUAGUUAUAAGUAGCGAGGCUAAUUUAGCGGUACUCGAUCAAUCUGAUGUAAAUACUGGUGUUUCUGGAGGAGCAGGCGCUGGCGAAAACGAUGGAAGUAGUGUGGAAAAGUUCGAUGAACGGGUAAAAGAGAAUGAAAUCGAGGCGAAAAAUACAGAAAAAGGCGAUGGUGAUAAGAAUAGCGAACUAGAAAAGACAGAAGACACGAUUAGCAGUGAUAGUAAAGUAGAUAAUGUUAUUGAAAAGGUGACAAGUGGUGAUGAAAGUGAGGAAAAUUCUGCAGAGGGAUUAAAUCAAACGGAAACAUCUAGGGAACCGGAUGAAUCUAAUGAUGAGACAUUAUUGGGAAAUCUAGAUCUUUCGACUUCUUAUAAUAGUAUAUUCUUCCAUUCUACUAUUUUCUUUUUGUGGGUUAUUGUUACUGUCAUUAACAUACCUGCUGUACUUACUUGGGCUCACAAUUUCAAAUACAAUACCAAAUUGACACCGGAUACCUCUUUUUUACCCGGAGUUGCGUUGAGCUUCUGUUCGCUCUUUCUGUGGCAAUUUGAUUUUCCCAAAAUUAAGAAGAAAUGGUCGGAAAAAAUUGAAGAUUUUCUAUUUAUAGUGACGAUUGUUGUCUUAGUGUUUACUACACUCUCCAUUUACAGGCUCAAUUACCUUCUCACCUUAGUAAUAUUGGUUGUAACAUUUCAUCAAUUGCUGGCACCUGAUGUUGGAGAAACGGAGGAAAAUGACGAAAAUGAUGAAAAUAAAACUGAGGAUAAACCAAACUAUCAAGAUAUUAAAAUGAAAACAGAAUAAAGUCAUGCGAAAAAACACAUCUAUACAAAAUACGCUUUGUUUAGUCCGUAGCAUUGUAAAUUUGUAUAUUUACCAAAGACAUUAAUUUAUUUAUGUACUAACAACUCAAACACACCUUGAU